GGAUGACCCGCAUUCCAAGAUUGCUUUCCGAAGCUGUUUAGCUUUAUAUCCCGCCCUUUCCCCCCCAAAGCGGCUUCCAUCCUUCUCCUCCUGCUGCUCUCACUCAUCCCCAGAAUAACAAUCCCGUGAGGUAGGCCGGGCUGGGGGUCUUUGACCAACCCAAAGUCGUCGAGUUGGCCCCGGGGCUGAGCGCGGCCUAGAACCCGGGUUUGCCCCCGCGCGUGUGUGAAGGACGGACGCGAGUUUGCCCGGGUGUGCCCAGGCUGCCUUUCGGGAGGAAGCGGUGCGGCGACCCUGAACGACUGGCCUGCCCGGCGCCUGCUCACAUUCUUGCAAAACGCGAUAACGGGGGGGGGGGGGUGCUUUCCCCUCGGGCCUCCAUUUUGCCUCCUUUGUGCACGGAGACCUUUUUCUGCGGGAGAAAAGUUUCCCCACCUCCCUCCCCGGAGUGCUGGGCCGGCUAUUGUACGCGCCGGGGCCGAAUCCCGCUUGGGCGGACAAUUCUGGCUCUCCGUGUGGGUCCGACUCGUCUCGGCGGCGUCGUGUGGCUGGACGAGAUGGACCUUGGCUCUGAUCCAGCAGGAUCUUAGGUCGUGUGUUCUGUCUGAGCGUGCAUAGGAUCGUGCUCUGGACCGUGUUUCACUGCUGUACAAACGCGCACAUUUCUUUAUAACCAAGUUUAUUUAACCAGAGUUUAACUUCGGGUUCGGGUAGAGCUUGCUGCGUCUACAGUGUGAAUGUUCCUGGAAAGAAUAUUCUUGCUACUCGUUCGUUCAUUCAUUCAUUCAUUCAUUUUAUAUUCCACCCCUUUAGCCAUAGGCUGUCUGGAUGACUCACAACACAGUAAAAUCCAUAAUGUACCACAGAAAGGACUGGCUGUAUCAACAACACUGUCAUCUUCCCUUUCUGUCUUGUGAUUGCAUAACUCUUCUUCUCGCCUCUGUUUUAUCCUCCUUUUAUAGACAACAGCCCUGUGAGGUAGGGUAGGCUGGAUUGCCCAAAGGGGCAGGGCCGUCUUACCAGCAUUAUGGGCCCCGGGCAGAGCAGUGUACUGGGGUCCUACAAUCGAUAUGUAUCAUAUAGGAUACAAGGUGCAUUGAAGAGUUAACAGACACAGAUUAGUAUGGGGCCCACGGGCAAGUGCCCAUCAGGCCCGUGCGCUGAGACGGCCCGGCAAAGUGGGUCGCGUGGCCGAGUGGGGACUGGCCCUCCUGUCUCCUCAGUCCUCAUCCAACACACUCUCUGCCCCACUGCACUGGGUCUCAGUGUAUUGUCAUACUUAGAAUUUCUGCUGAUUUCCGAAACUUCCAUCAAGGAGCCUUUCCUGCAAGGCUGUUGACACAGCCCUUCGGAUCCUGCCCUCUCCUGCUGUCUUAUACCUGUGUGCCUGGGUCCAGCUCCUUGGAACCGAGUGCCGUCCUUGUGUGUCUCCCCUCCUUCAGUCGGUGAUCUCUCUUGUAUAGAAGUUCAGAAUGGAAGCUCCUUGGGACAGGGUUCCAUCUGUCACAUGUGCUGAUGGAGUCAUGCUUGUCCUUGUGACUAUAAUAGUGCAUCAUUCCUUUUUUUAUCCUACAAACAACCCUGUAAGGUAGGUCAUUUUCAUCCAGAUGCUGCAAAUGGAGGAUGGGGUGAGGAUCAGAGAGAGGGGCUUGCCCAGUGCCACCCGCUGAGCAUGUGGUAAGGCUUGCGGCAGUGGCAGAACUCCCGAUAGCCUUACUAAGGAGUAAGUGCCAUUGAAAAGAGGAUUUACUUUCUCUGUAAGCAUAUGUCAGGUUGGACUGUCGGCCUUCUGGCUGCUGCAUGUGGUCGGAGGGUUCAGGGAUCUUCUUGUGUGAGUUCAGUUAUCCUUUCCUUCACAUUGCUGGCUUUCUCCAGGCUGAAUCAAACUGAGCAAAGCGCGACCUUGUCUUUUGUGUCAACAACAGUGCAACGUUUUAAGCAGCUCCGCUUAACAGCCGCUGACUGUGAAGCUCUGAGUCAGAGUCAAGAGGGCAGCUCAUCCUUAACGCAGCUGUUGGCCCAGCGGCGGGGCAGCCAAACCACCCACCGAGGCCUCUACCCCACUCACCGAACGAAGAAGAGGCCGAGAGUCUCUCUCGAAGGAGCAGGCCAGCGUGUUAUCACCAGCUACUUCAGACGGAAGAACCACCCCUCAAGUUGUCCCACCAACAUGGCGAAAAGCCCCAAGGUUAAAGCAGAGGAGCCCCUCGAAUCUUUACUGGCAGGCGAUGACUUCCUGGGCCCAGAGGACUUGGGCUCUCUCCAUGAGGGCAGAAGGAGCGUGGCUGCCAGUAAACACCCGCGUUUCUCCCCGAGCGGCCACAACUGCCCGGUGGACGGCAUCCCAUGGGAGGAAGAUCAGCUGGGGAGGCGGGCCGGUGGGCCGGCGGGCGAUGGACUCGUCAAGCAGGAAGCUGAGGACCAGGAGGGGGACCCCCUUGAUUCUCGUUUUGGGCUGCUGGGGACCAUGCAUCUGAACGUGCCACAGGGACACAUCGACCAGCUGCCUGAUGAAGUCCUCCGGGAGAUCUUUGCCCUGCUGCCUGUCCUCAGCCUGUGCCAGGAGCUCAGCCUGGUGUGCCGCCGUUGGAGGCGGAUCAUCUCUGACCCUCGGUUCAUUCCUUGGAAAAAGCUGUACCAUCAGUACCUGAAGGGGAAAGCCAAGGCCUUGUCUUCUGUUGAGAAAAUUCUGCAGAAAUACGGCCUAAUCCAGGAUCAGAAGCAGUGCAUGCUGGGAUUUAUCAGGUGCCUUGGCAGCGUUACGCGCCGCUGCAUCCGGGACCCGGAAGCCACCCUCCAGUGCUUGGAAAGCCACCCGCUCUUCCCCAAGGCAGAGAUCUGCAUCUCCAAGAGGCUGCCCGACCUGGAGAGCCCCACGUCAAGAGCUUCAUAUAUUUGGGCUGUGGUGGCUACUAUAGUGCUUUUCUCUGGAGGAGUCCCUGAUAUCCGAGACCUGGUGGCCUGUCUCCAGAGACCCAGCUCUACCCUCUCGCUAGCAGACAUCAUGGAGGCCUUGUACUGCAUGGCCCUCCUGCUUUAUGCCAUGAGGGAGAAGAAGGUGAACAUCAGCAGCAGGAUCCACUACAGUAUUUUCUACUACCUGUAUCUGUUGGAGAAUUCAACCUGUGACGUGGCAGUCGUGACCCCAGAAGUACCCCACUGCGGCUAUAAAAGGGGCUCCAGCUCCCCCGGCAUGCAGCUGACCUGUGAGCAGCGCAAGAUCCUGAAUCAUGAAAUCGCGCCUGGGCAGGUGGUGAAAAUCCUGGCUUUUGCUGGCACCGGGAAGACGUCCACCCUGGUCAGGUAUGCAGAGACUUGGUCCAGCCUCCGAUUCCUGUAUCUGGCCUUCAACAGGACCAUCGCCCAGCAGGCCACGGGGACCUUCCCUCCCAACGUGACGUGUAAGACCAUCCACUCUUUGGCCUUUGCGAAAGUUGGCAAGCGCUACUCAAAAAAGCUCAACCCCGGCUCCCUGAGUACCUACUGCGUCAGCCUCGUCCUCCACACCCGGGAGGGGAUGUCUGUGUUCAUAAGAGCCAAGACCGUCGUUCAGACCCUCGCCACGUUCUUUGCCUCCGCGGAUGACGCCAUCACGUCGGAGCACGUGCCCAUCUGGUGCAAAGACAACAGGGGAGAGCGCGUCCUCAUUCAGCCGGAGGAGCGGCGGAUCGUUAUAGAAGAAGCAGAGCGGAUAUGGUCCAAUAUGAAACUGCUGAACCCCACCCGAGAGAUGGCGCAUAAGAUGACGCACGACGGCUACCUGAAGCUCUGGCAGCUUGAAAGGCCUGUCCUUUCCGAAUAUGAUGCCAUCUUUGUUGACGAGGCCCAGGACUGCACUCCCGCCAUCAUGCAGAUCAUCCGUUCCCAGCCGUGUGGUGUGAUACUGGUCGGCGACCCCCACCAGCGGAUCUACAGCUUCCGGGGUGCUGUCAGUGCUCUGUCCGAAGUUCCUCAUUCCCACAUCUUCCGCCUCACACAGAGCUUCCGGUUUGGCCCUGAAAUAGCUUACGUCGCUGCUGCCGUUCUGGACAUCUGCAAGGAGGUUCGGAAGAAGAUCCUGGUGGGAAGCGACCGGGAGAGUGACAUCAGCGGCACCCACGCGCCGAAGAAGGUCGCCCGCUUGUGCCGAAGCAACCGCACUGUCUUCGAUGACGCGGUGAAUGUUACGAGCCAGGACCCGCCCCCCAGAAUACACCUGCUUGGGGGGCUUAAAGCCUUCGGUCUUGAGAAGAUUCUGGAUCUCUGGCGGCUGCUUCACCCGGAAUCGAAAUUGGAGGUGCGGGACCCCUUUCUCAGGCACUGGGUCAGGAAAGGCUUCUCACGCCUCAGGGACUACGCGGCAAAGGUGGAGGAUAAGCAGCUGGAGAUGAAGAUUGCCAUCGUGGAGAAGUACCGAGACCGCACUCCUGGGCUGGUGGAAAGGAUAUCGCAGUGCCACAUCAACCGUCUCGAGGAGGCAGAUUACAUCGUGGGCACCGUGCACAAGGCCAAAGGACUGGAAUUCGAUGCCGUCCAGAUAGCGCCCGACUUUUUUCAAGGCUUUCCUGCAGACCCCAGUGAGGAAGGGCGCCCUGCAGAUCGUUCAGCUUCAGUCCCCGAUGACGAAUGGAACUUGCUGUACGUGGCCAUCACCCGGGCCAAGAGAUGCCUCAUCAUGCCACAAUUCCUGUGCUAUUUCCUCACAUUGGCUGGGGAGCACUACUUACGGCCCGAGUUAACCAGCGAGGUGUGCAAGGAAGCGCCACCUCCGUGUACCAGAAGAGGCUGCUACGGUUCCAUCCUGGCCAAAUCGAUCCUAACCAUGAAGAAGAUGCCUUUCGUUUAUAGCGAUGGCACCAAAGACCCCGGGGGCUUCCGCUGCCACCACUGCGUGAACCAGUGCCUGCGCUCUCUGAUAUGGUUGACAGUUCCUCCCGAGGUCGUGAGCUUCCCCGAGGACGUCUUUGCGGUGCAGCCGGGACCUCCAGCGUUACAUCCACCACACUGAACUGGAGCAGGCUGGGCUGUGGCCGGCGGGAGGAGAGGGCUGCUCAUUUUUUGAAGGACGUGGGAACAGAGGGCAUCGGUGCUGGAACCGGGGCAGCCGGCCUCUUCUGUCUUGGCGUGGACCACCAGCAGGCUUGAUGCCAGACCUCCCAGUGCCCGCUUCGGCAUCGCCUCCCGCUGUUAAGCUUCCAGAGGGAAAUCAUGAGCGGAUUAGUAAGUUCAGCCAGCAGCUGCUCCUGAAUUUGGCUCAGGGGAGGAUGCUUAAUGUCUCUGUGCUGGCUUUUGUGUCACGGAGUCUCCAAACUGAUCCAGAGUUUGUAUUUGAUUGCACUUUCCAGAGGAGUGUGCGAAGGCAGCUGGCAUGUUUCCUUCUGCGAUUUUAACUGCAGUGUCAUUCCAAAUGGGGACCGUGAGCUGCAAACAGCAGCGUUCAGGGGCACGGGGCCAAGUACGCAGGCCGCUUUCUGGAGCGGCACCACUGCGGCAGGCCCCCCACGCCUCCUGGGCCCCGCAGCCCUUCGUGCUGAAGGAGGCAACUUGCACAGGACCCCAAGAGCGCAAGUUCUCCCUUUCCCACAGCAGCCGCUGCCAGUGGGAUCCAGGCAAAGCCUGUGGGAGAACGGUCUGUGCGUUCCAGCUGCCUCCGUGUGCAGCAGGAGCCUCGCGCUCUUGGCAACAUGCCGCCUUGGCCCUUGGGUGCUGGGAGCGGGCACUGUCGGCACUUUUGGGGGCUUCCGUGAUCUCCCGCGGCGCCUGGCCCCCCCUUGAUCUGCAGGCAUGCAACGGCCUGGCCGCAGCUGCAUUUCAAUGAAUGUAUUCUUUGCAUGUGUUGAUUCAUGCGGCACUCUCAGCAGGUGCAACACCAUGCCCUGGAGUGGAGGUCUUAGGAACCUGAUCCUAUUUUUUUAUUUGCAGGAGCGAGUUACAGUUUUUCACCUCCGUCUAAAAAGACGGAAAAGAAAACUCAGGCCUACUUUCUUUCCCCCUGCUUUCUUUGGGAUGCAUCGUCUCCGUGGUGUCUGUACCACAGAGUAUUCCUCCAGUCUAAAGCAAAGCAUUCCCACCAGAUGGCAAGUGAGAGGGCUUGAGACAGGUUCGCCUGUCCUGUUCUUGCUGGUUUUCUGGCCUCUGCGUGUAUAUAGGGAGCAACACGGAGUGUUCCCCCAACGCUUGGCGAUUGGAGUGGUCCAGUCGAGACCAGGUUGGCCCGUCUUGGAGAAUUUGGGUCAGACGUGUCCCCACAGUCCCAUGCCCAUCUCUCCCGCCACUCUUUUUCUUCUAUGCAUUUCUUUAUAUGGGAAAGCGAAAAGGUGCUUUAUCUUCUAGAAAGGUUUGCUUGUUGUAAAACUACAAAACAACAUUGGUGAUCAACAACCGUGCUGAAUUAUGCGAGAAACCCAUCUUACGAUAAAAUAUUGCCUUGUGAUUUUGCCUGUGAGUCCUGCUUUUAUAAAACCGCUAACCAAUUUAAAUCAGUUUAAAUACCAAAGAAAUUCUUUGACCGUGCCUUAAAUUAUGUUUUGUAUAUCUUGAUAGACCCAUAAUUAGCCACUUUCCUGCUUGCUUGUGUUAAGGCAGGAUUGGCUUUGGGUUGGUUGGUUGGUUGACAGUGAAGUCUUUGUGUGUUGAAAAGGGGUUGAGCCUUUUUAGCUUGGGGUGUCAAGAGAGGCAGUUUGGUGGGUGGGGAGAGUGGUGGAUGGGGCGUGGGGAGAGCUGGAUGCAUCCCCACUUGACUGUGAAGUUCAGUGGGUAGCUCUGGGCCAGUCACUGACUCAGCCUAGCCUACAUCACAGGGUUGUUGUGAGGAUCAAGUGACGAGAUGAAGAAACUUGUGAACUGCCUUGGAGGAAAAAUGCUGGGAUAUCAAUAUACGUGUCUGGAAUAUGGUGAACGUGCAGGCUCUUUUUGCGAGGCAGAUUUGCUGCAGAGUUUGGAAAGGUCAUCUCAGUGUACGCUAUCAGGGCUGAAGGACAUCAGGAUUGCUGGACUGGGCCUAAGGACCCUGGAGUGGCAGUUGCCCAAAGUUCAUUCUUACUCCAGAGGAACACUCCCUGCCUCCCAACAAGGUCUCGCUUUUGCCACCAGGGUUCAGGAGCAGGAAAAGGCACGCGGUGCCAAACACAAGAGCAGGCAAAAAAAAAGGCAAAGCUGCAACGGUGCCAAAAAAUAUUUGAAAAAAUAAAAUGAGUAAAAUGCCCAGCAUAUGUUGGUUAAAAGUGCCCCUCAGGAGAGAAGCGCGAGUUGAGUGUUCUUUGUAAAGCAGUCUAAUAAAGGUAUCCUUAAGUGGCAUUGCGGCCUGGUUGGCAAGGCCUGUCGGAGGGCCUCUCCCAACCAUGACCUACCUAUGCUCAGCCUUGGGGGUUUUCCUCCAAGCGCCAACCCGACAGGAGUCUCCGAGGGGAGCGAGAAGGGACAGGGCCUUCUCUCUGUUGGUCCCCACCUCUUCGGAAUGGCUUCCCUGCUGCAGCCUGCCUGGGGCCAAACUUGCGGUCUUUUCAGUGCCAAGUUAAGACAACCCCCGCCCCCCCCCCCCAUGCAGAGGCCUUUAAAGAGCUCCCUGGUCAGCCAGGGGCUGGGGGGAUGAGUCAGGUGACGCUUUCCUUUGCAGGGUCUCUUUUACUCUGUUUUUACCUAUUUGAAAUACAUUUUAAAGCUUCAUUUUUAUGGCAUUGUCUUGUUUUGUGUACUGUUGUGAACUGCCCAGUGCACUUUGGCUGUGGAGCAGUGUACGAAUGAAAUAAAUUCUUACUUUUAUUAUU